AUGUUUUCCUUGAAAUUUGCCGCCAUCAGCUGCCCCGGCAAUGCCGCCCGCGCGUCCCAUGGCUCGCUCACGCUAGUCCGGGCAGCAGCAACACCAUCAAGUCGGCCGUGUGGUCCUCUGGCCGUCGAUCCCGUCUUCUUUGACCUUCGUCCGAUCGCUCCGACCGCCCGGGGAGCUUUCCAAACACGCCGCCUCUUCGCUUCGGUCCAUCACGGCGCAGCAGAUGCGGAGCUGCCGACAGACCACCCCGCAUUACAUUGGCCCGCGUCCAAAAACCCUACACCUUAUGAGAUACUUGGGCAAAGCAAGAACGAUCCUUAUAACAAGAAGCGCUUCCACGAGCUGGUGAAGCUUUACCACCCGGACCGACACCCCCAUACAGGGCUUCCCGACACUUCUCACCCAACCAGGCUUGAGCGCUACCGUCUCGUUGUUGCCGCCAACGAUAUUCUAAGCAAUCCGCAAAAGCGCCGCAUGUACGAUCUCUACGAUCUUGGUUGGAGCAACCAUCCGGAUCUGCCGGAUCUGCGCAACGACGACGUCUCCUCAAAUCACAGUGCUUGGCGCCGCCGCCCCGGUAAUGCGAGCAUGAACGCUACUUGGGAGGAUUGGGAACAAUGGCGUAACGAGCAAGACUCGGGAGGUACUGGCCAGCAGCAAAAACCCAUCUUCGUAUCCAACGGCGCCUUCGUCGCCAUCGUUUCUUUCUUCAUCAUAAUGGGCAGCUGGCAGCACGCCACGCAAGGUGUAAAGAGUGGCGUCGCUCUUGUGGACGACCAAGAGCACAAGCAUGCCGCUAUCAAAAUGGAGAUGCAGCAACGGUACGGUGAAACGGCCGGUCUGGGCCGAGAGGCACGAGUGGACAACUUUUUGAGGCAGCGAAACGGCUGGGACAAUUAUCCCACUCACCCGCACCACAUAUCCGGUUACUAUCGCAAUUUGCCGUCACAGGAACCUCCGCGUCGGUUACCACCCCCGGCGCCCAAACACGAUGCGAAUUAGGCCGCUACAAUUUGGUCAAGCUAUCACUGUCGUACCACGUCGAUACAUGCAUGUCCGCCACCUUGUGAACAUAGAUCAGUCCCCUUGGAUGCUGGGCAAUGAUGGACACUGCUCGCUGAGGUUGAUCCAGAGAAUCAUCGGGGCUCGGAUUGCUCUUCGGAUGGAAUGAAAGCCAGACCGCAUGGAGCAAAAGCGUUGAGAGGCCCAAAUAAAUCCGGUUGAACAGACGAGGAUGGAGAUAUACCUACCGUCUCUGA